AUGAAACUAUUAUUACUACUAUUUGUAGUUUUAAUAGUUGGAUGUAGUAAAGCAUUCAUUCAAGUUGAUGUUAAUACACAGAAUCUAAUUGAUGAGUAUGGACGUGUUCGUAUAUUCCAUGGUCUCAAUGCAGUAUACAAAAUCUUCCCUUGGCAUCCCGAUACAGAUACCUUUGAUCCUCAAAACUCUCUUUGUCAAGAGGAUAUUGAUAAUCUUGUAUCAUGGGGUUUCAAUGCAAUUAGAUUAGGUGUUAUGUGGCCUGGUGUAGAGCCAGAAAGAGAUGAAUUUAAUCAAACCUAUGUUAAUGUAAUGAAAGGAAUAGUUGAUACAUUGGGAGAUAAUGGUAUCUAUACUAUUAUUGAUUUCCAUCAAGAUUUGAUUAAUAGAAGAUUCUGUGGUGAAGGUAUCCCUGAUUGGGCUGUUGCUGUCCCAGAUACUAGGGCAUUCCCAAGUCCAGUUGCCAGUCCAUAUCCAGUCGACAAUACAACAUUGUAUCCAAAUCUCGAACAAUGCUUGUCCAAAGAAUUUGCACAAUACUACUUUUCCGAUCAAGUUGGAGCUGCCUUCCAAUCACUCUAUGAUAAUGUCGAUGGUAUCCUAGACGAAUUUGUUAAAUAUUGGCAACUUUUAGCUACAACUUUUGUUGAUUCAAAUACUGUUAUUGGUUAUGAAAUUAUUAAUGAACCUUGGGGAGGAGAUGUUUAUAAAGAUCCAUUAUUACUUGUUGAUUUGGGACAUGCUGAUAGAGUCAAUUUAGCACCACUUUACAAUACUAUCAAUAGAGCUAUUCGUGAUAUUGAUGAUCAACAUUGUGUCAUGUUUGAAAAGUCUUUGGUCGAUGUUUACGAUUCACAAUUUACUCCAGGUACUCCAGGUGGUAUCGAAUAUAAUAAUCGUCAAAUUCUAUCAUAUCAUAUUUAUUGUGGUACUUCUGGUAGUGGUCCUCGUUAUAUUGGUUUAUGUGAUGAUGAGAAUGAAGUAUUUUUAUCAGGAGCAAUGAAAGAUUUAAAGAGAUUGGGAGGAGGUGGAUUUAUGACUGAAUUUGGUGCUAUUGGAAACUCAACCAAAUCAAUGGAGAUGAUUACCUAUAUGAUGGAACAAGCUGAUCGUCAUCUUCAAUCAUGGACCUAUUGGCAAUACAAAUUCUACAAUGAUAUUACUACUUCUGGACCAGAGGAAUCACUCUAUUUGGCCGACGGUAGUCUAGAUGUUGAAAAGGUAAUGACACUGUCUCGUACCUAUGCCAGAGCCAUCGCAGGUGAACCAAUCUCUAUGUACUUUGACAUUACAACAUCACAAUUUUUAUUCUCUUACAAGAUCAACACUGCCAUCACCCAACCAACUGAAAUCUACUUUAACCGUCAAUUCCACUACUCUUCUGGAGUCAAUGCACAAAUCACAUCUGGUGAAGCUACCCUAACCAUUAUCAGUGAUAAUAUUAUUAAUAUCAUUCCAAAUUCAAAUACCAUUAAUGGUAGUAUCAUUAAUGUUUCCAUUUCACCUUCAAACUAA